AGAAUGGAUUUCCGACAAGCCUUUCGUAGGCAGCAUCAGGAGCCAGCUUCACAGCCUGCAUUGAGCGCAGCACCCACGGCCCCAUCUUCGGAAGGGUCUGACGUUCUCCUUGCCGAUGCAGUAGAGGUUGACACUCAGCGCAGCGGCCCUGUUCGGCGAGUGGGAGCAGCUGUUGGUCAGGCUGGACGUGUGGCAUCUAAUGCAACGCUUAGCGAGGGCCAUCACCGCCGGUAAUCACCAGCAGUAUGGCCCAUUCAUGUCCCGGCUUUCCUUUGCCAUGCUUGAGUGGGAUGGCUGUGAUGUGGCCCGCCUGAAAGAGGCCAAACAGUCCGAGGAGGAGGGGGACGCCAACGUGGAGCCCACGUCCAGGGAGCUGACCCGCCACUGCCGCCGCCACACAAGGGGUGCAGCAGAGACGGAGCUGCUGGUUCAGGAGGUGCUAGACUCCUUCUCUGAGAUGAACGACACCAUGGGUGUCCCACUCUUCGACCGUGCAGAGAUGGAGAAGGUUUGGAGGACACAGCGUCACCAUCUCCGCUGCAUUCAGGACCCGCCGGGAGUGGAACUGUAUGCGAAGACAGGGGAGGAGACCAGGGGGGGUGUUAAGCUCCCCGUCUACUGCUGUGCCAGAGGCACCAGCUCCCUUGAGUGGUUCCACCACCACCUUUACACGUUCGUUCCAGGUACGUCUGCCAACGCCCUCCACUUCCAGGUGUACCUGCUGGAGGGCAUUGUGAGAUGGAAUGAAGACUGUGCCAGAGUUGCCGUGGAGGGCAAUGCCCGACGUUCGACACUGCGUUGCUAUAGCGCCCAGCUGCAGAGAGGCCUCUCCCAGCUCACCCAACAGUUCUUGGGGAGGACGCUGGUAGAGAAUUACACCCAGCCUGGGGAGUACACAGGGGAGCUCAUCGGGUUGGAGUACCUCAACUCCCAGACUGGUGCUGCAGCUCUGCAGCCGGACUUGGGCCCAGAUGAUGAUGAUGCUCUUGAUGGGACGGAUGAGCUGGAAGAGAACUGGGAAGAGGAGGAGCAUGAGGGCUUUGAAGAGGAGCUGCACCCAUUGCAGCCUGUUGUUGCCACACAGCCUAAUUUUCCACCCGCAGUGGAGGAGGAAGAGGUACGGGGUCCAGAUGGACACAGUGGAUACCAGCAUGCCGUCCAUCUAGCCCAUGCCCUCGUAGAGCUCCGUCACCACGCAUUUGUUACAGAGCGGCAGGUGAGGGAGAUAGUGGCUCUUUGGCAGAAGCUGUCACACAGGGACAAGGCGCCCACCUCCUUCCCCCAGGGCCACUGGUCCAAAACUGCCUGCAUGCCUGGAGGGGACAGCGUGACAAGGCAAGUGUAGCGUGUAGCAUUCAAAC